AUGGCCGAAACAAAGAUGGAAAAGUUAAUUAAAAAGCGUGCUGGUAUUAAAGCAAAAUUAACCAUCUUCUCUAAUUUUAUUAAUAAUAUACUACCUUCAAAGGAACUAAGCAGUGUACAAUUGUUAGAUUUAGAAGGAAGAUUUAGUAAAUUCGAUACUUUAUAUACUGUUUUCGACCAAUUACAGUGUGACAUUGAAAUGUUAUCGGAUAAUUUGGAGAAUGAGUGCCAGGAACGCGAAUACUUUGAAAAUCAGUAUCACGAGCUUAUUGCUAAGGCCCGUGGUUUACUUGGUGAGCAGCCCUCUCAUCGGCGUGAGCUUCAGGAUGGUUCCGUGGCAAGUUUCGAGGAUGUAAAGGCAGGUGGUUCCAAAUUUAACUGUGUUAGAUUGCCAAAAAUUUCAAUACCCACUUUUCAUGGUCACUAUCAACAUUGGCUGGAAUAUAGGGACACAUUUAUAUCUUUAAUCCACUCAAGGUCUGAUAUAGAUGACAUUAAUAAAUUGCAUUAUCUGCGUGCGUCUUUAAAAGAUAGUGCUUUAUUGGUUAUUGAUAGUUUAGAUGUAAAAGGCGAUAAUUAUGCGAACGCUUGGAAAUUAUUAUGCAGUAGGUAUGACAACAAAAGAUUACUUGUAAACAAUCAUGUACAGGCUUUAUUCAACGUAGAACAAAUACAAAAAGAAUCUUCUCAGUCUAUUCGUCACCUCAUAGACAUCACAAAUAAAAAUUUACGUGCUCUGUCAACAUUAGACCAGCCCACUCAAUAUAAAAAAUAA